UGACGUCACUCGCAGAGUCGUCAUGGCGUCUUUGGGACUGAAGCUCCAGCAGCAAUUGAGCUAAAAAAAAAAAAAGAUCUGUCGACAUUCUGUAAAUCGAAAUGGAGAAAAAUGCAAACCUGCAUCGAGACACGGACGGGAGCUCUUUGUGUGCCACAAUUGCGGGAGCGAUGGGCGAUGUUACAGCUGUCGGUGGAGGGAAAGGAACAGCCGAGAAAUGCAAGAAUAGUGAGGCUCCUCUCAGUACUUUGGUGAACGUUAGUUGCAAUAACAGCACCACAAAUGUUAGUGCUCCUAGCUACGUUAAUGUCAUUCCCAGUGCUGGGAAGUCUGGCGUUUCGGAAGUGAUGGAAGUCCUCCCGGUCCAGGAAGAUAAGAGCAGCGACACCAAGACGAGCGGGUCGGGGUCCGGGGAUCAGAUCAGUAACGGGAUGGGGCAUGACUCGGUCCUGGCUGCAGGAGAUAACGAGGGUGGUGUCUCAAAGUUAGUCAACAACAAACCCGAUAGCCCGUCCGCACAUCUCGCCAAGGAAGGCGCACGUGCAUAUGCUGAGGUUCUGGCUCGUGGAGAAAGUGAACCGACAAAACUUGUCAAACCGACUCAGCUGUGUCCGGACAAAGCAAUCAAAGCACACUUCAAGCCUGCGCUGUCCGGUGAUAACACCUUGUCGGAGGGAUUGCCGAGUGAGAGUGACCCCGAUCCCAGCCUUGGCGGAGAGUCCCGAAGCAUAGAUUCACUCGAGUCCUUCUCCAACCUCAACUCCUGCCCCAGCUCCGACCUGAACAGUGAGGGACUGGAGGACAGAGGACUGGCCCUGGCCCUGCAGGGCGAGCACGGGGCUGAUGGUACCAAUACUUCGUGCGCAAAGGACCGAGCCGCCGGCCAGUCCAUAUACCACAUUAAGUGGAUCAAGUGGAGGGAGGAGAAUACGCCGAUCAUCACCCAAAACGAGAACGGCCCCUGUCCAUUACUGGCAAUAAUGAAUGUCCUUCUGCUGGCAUGGAAGGUUAAGAUGCCACCUAUGAUGGAGAUUAUAACUGUUGAGCAACUGAUGGAGUAUCUUGGAGACUACAUUCUUGAAACCAAGCCUAAAGAGAUAUCGGAGGCUCAGCGGCUAAACUAUGAGCAGAACAUGAGUGAUGCCAUGGCAGUGUUGCAUAAGCUGCAGACCGGUCUGGAUGUCAACGUGAAGUUCACAGGGGUGCAAGUCUUUGAGUACACCCCAGAAUGCAUUGUGUUUGAUCUGCUUGACAUCCCUCUCUACCACGGCUGGCUGGUUGACCCGCAGAUGCAUGACAUUGUUAAGGCAGUGGGCAACUGCAGCUACAACCAGCUGGUAGAGAAGAUAAUAUCCUGCAAGCAGUCAGACAACAGUGAGCUGGCAGGGGAAGGCAUUGUGGCGGAGCAGUUUCUGAGCAGCACAGCCACUCAGCUUACGUACCACGGCUUAUGUGAGCUCACAUCCACCGUACAGGAGGGAGAGCUGUGUGUUUUCUUCAGGAACAACCACUUUAGCACCAUGAUCAAAUACAAGGGCCAGCUAUACCUCCUGGUUACAGACCAAGGUUUCCUGACAGAGGAGAAGGUCGUCUGGGAAAGUCUGCACAAUGUCGAUGGAGAUGGCAACUUUUGUGAUUCGGAGUUCCGGUUGCGGCCUCCUUCCAAUCCAGAGACUGUGUACCGCGGCCAACAGGAUCAGAUAGACCAGGACUAUCUGAUGGCGCUGUCACUGCAGCAGGAGCAGCAAAACCAGGAUCUACAGUGGGAGCAGCUCCCUGAGGGCAUCAGUGACCUAGAGCUGGCAAAAAAACUUCAGGAAGAGGAGGACCGACGAGCCUCCCAGUACUACCAGGAGCAGGAGCAGGAGCAGGCAGCGGCAGCAGUGGUGGCGGCGGCAGCAGCAGCACAGCAGGGCCAGCAGGAGCCUGCCGAGGGAGACGAGGCGGACAGAGGCGGUGCAGGUGCAGGCAGUGCAGGUGCAGGCAGUGCAGGAGCAGGCAAUGCAGGAGCUGGCGCCGGGACGGCAGCAGCUGCCGGAGCCACACCCAGCCCGGGAAAACAGUCCUCAAGCGGGGAACGCAAAGCCAAGAAAGAAUCAAAGGAUAAAGACAAAUGUGUUAUUUUGUAACAUACAGUGUGUCUCUGUGAGUGUGUGUGUGUUUUGUGCAUUUGCUUAUAUGUGAGAAAGGGGACACAUUUGUUCCUCCAUGGACUGGACACGCCCGGCCCCCACCUGACGACAAACAAGGUAAGGAGUCGUUUUGAGGAGAGACAAAAAAGACUAACGGAGGAUUUGCUGUUCCCAAACCACUGGUGCCUGCUAUCCUCUUUCCUCAGUGGAGUCUGGACAUCAGAGGAAGGCACACUACCAUGACAACCACAGCGUAUCUUUCGGACAAACUUUGUUACAAGUUGCACAGUGCACUAUAUUUGUGAUGUGGGGUGAAGUUUAUUUGGGGUUGUAUAUUGUAUAGCAAAAGACAUCAUCUGAAGUAACAACAUGUCACCCUCUCACCGUGAAACAAAAUCAUUCAUUUGUUAUUACUGAAGCUCAUAAGCUUUUUGGUACGUAUCAAUAUUUACAAAACGUAUAUAGACAGAACCAGCUUUUUUCUAUAAGUUGAUGCCAAGAUUCACAUUUUAUUUAUAUAUCUGUGUAAGAGAUUAAAAAAGCUUUUGGGUGAGGUUUUA